UCUUUCUCGAGUUCCCAACAUGGCAGACAAAACAGUAACAGCGACAAAGACAGCCGCUGAACUCGACGAGGAAAUCGAUGAAUUCAUGAAAGAGAGGUCCAGUGGUAAAAAGCGUGUCAUCACUUUCACAGAAGAAAAUUGGGAAGAGGAAUUUGAGAAAACACCUGCUUUUAUGACAAAAACUCCUACACAGGAAGAAAUAGAUAACAACCCAGCCUUAGCAGCCCUUCAAGCUAUGAAAUAUGAAGACGAAGACCCUGUAGCAAGAGCAGAAGCAUACAAAGAAGAUGGUAACUAUGAGUACAACAGAAAAAAAUUCAAGGAAGCGAUUGCUGCAUAUACUGAGGGAAUCAAGGUGAAAUGUGAUGAUGCUCAUCUCAAUGCCAUCCUCUACACAAACAGAGCAACAGCACAAAUAUGUCUGGGAAAUAAUCGUAGUGCCCUUAAUGAUGCCACAGCUGCGAAGAAGCUAGAACCAACUUACAUGAAGGCUUUAAUUAGGGGUGCCACUGCUUGCGUGGAGCUUCAAAAAUUUGAAGAUGCUGUAAAAUGGUGUGAUGAGGGAUUAGCUAUUGAAGCUCAAAACCAAAGGCUUUUGGAUUUAAGGAAAAAGGCUGUUGCAGAACAGAAAAGGGUGCUGAGAGAUCAACGAAAAGCAGUGUUAAAGGAAAAGAAAGAAAGAUCUGUGGCAGAGGCUUUGAAAUCAGCAGUUAAGGCCCGAGGAGUCACUUUGGAGCAUGAGGAUGACCUGUUGAGGCCCAUGACCGAUGGGGGACUGGACAUCAAGGUCUCUUUGGACAGUAGUGGUGUACUUCACUGGCCAGUCAUGUUUGUUUAUCCUGAGUUUGAAGAGACCGACCUGAUAUCUUCAUUUAAUGAGAAUGACAGAAUGGCAGAUCAUCUGUGUGCCAUGUUUGACCAAGAAUCUCCUCCCUGGGACAAAGAAAGGAAGUACACUCUCGCAAAUAUCGAGGUUUAUUUUGAGGACUCGGUCAGAGAAAAACUUUGUUUGGUGAAAAAUAGUAGCUGUCUGAAAGAUAUACUAUCGGACUCGAGGUUUGUGGUAAAACAGAGAACACCGUCGUUUAUUAUCCUAAGUAAAGAGUCUUCAUUCCGGACAACUUUCCUCCAGCGAUGUCAAGUUGAGCGAUAACACGUGCAUUCGGUACAACGUCGGGUCUACGUCCGUAGCACCUCAAGGUACUUCGAGGAGAUGCCGAAGGGUCUCCGAUUCAAGUUUUCGAGUGAAAGAACAAUGCGGAGAUUUGAGACCAUUCCCACAGUAAAAUGUCGUCUUUAAACAUUGUAUUGACUUAUUCUAUGUUGGCGUGCUAAUCACACGUGAAAAAUAUAGACAGUAAGUAAACGCAAUGCAUUUUUUUUCAUACGUUAGGAUAGUAAUUGUCCAAAGAAAGAUCUUAUAUACAGAACGGACUUUUCUAAAGGACCUUGCUUUAAGCUGGUGACCGAAACAUUUCAGUACCUCAUCGUAAAAGAGAAGAUAUUGUAAAUUUAAUUUAGUAUAGAUUAGAAAUGUAAAGAUUUCGAAAUGUUCAAACAUCGUAAUGAAAGGCGCGCGCAAACCUCUUUAUUUUGGGCGAGAAAAACACAACAGAAGUCAACACGAUGGAACGAGUUUUCGAAAAUGGCAGUGGUAAAUACAAGAUUGCGACAAUUUUGCAGGAGUACAAGUUUUCUCUGGACAAAGCUCAAUUCUUUCAAUCAACAAUAACUGUACAGACUUAUAAUUGCUCAUAGCCUUCACAGUGAAACUUCACGAGGUAUUUAUUUUCUUAGCAAUUCGCUGGAAACUUGAAGUCAAAAUUCGUACUCGCAGUCAAACUUGUCCUAGAAUUUAAAGAUCUCUCUUAUCGGAGAAUGGAUUCAUAUCUGCACCUGGCCAAACUAGUUUAUCCGACUUGCAAUUGUUGAAUGUAAACAGCGGUUGACCAAUCUGAAAAAAGUGUAAGAUAACCAAUUAAAAUUGCCUUUGUUGCGCAGAUAUAAACUUGCUGUGAAGUUUACAGUACAGCCUAGAAAUUUUGCACGCGCGAGGAAUUCUUUUUGCUUCCGCAAGCGGAAAUUCAUCUUGCUGUGAACUGUCGGUUACUUGAGAUUGAGUCCUUGAAGCUGCACAAACUUUUCUCCGUUUGCUUAGGUAAUAACACAAUAAUUUGUUGCGGUAGAGUUGAAGGGCAAGAUCUUCAUUUUAGUUCUUUGGGCCGACGCUGAAAGAUUGGGUAGGUCGGUUACAACUACAAACUUAGUGAGAGAAAAUUAUUUUUAGUUGUUCAAGCAGGGUAGUCUAUGUAAAGACAUUGUUCGUUCUUACCUGCUAGUGCUGUGCGACGUUCGACCAACGCAUUCGAAGCGUUGUUGAACGACAUACCUUGCCCUACCUUGAGUAAGAUCUAUUUUCAAGCCAAAUCUAUGACGAUUAUUAUCUUCUAAAUAGGGCUUGGAUAUAGGAGACUUUAAAAUUUGAUUGAUUUCAUGCACGCUUUGAAUAUUUCCUUCGUUAAACUGAGAGAUUCAUGUAUUUAAGAAUUUAAAGCUGUAAUCUGUGUCUAAUUUCUCUAAGCUAUGCGGCGCUCGUGAAAGUUGUGAACAUCACAUACUUGAUCUCAAAAAACACUCGUACACUUUUCAUGCAUGGAUAACUAGAAGUGAUUUCGUUUCGAAGAAUAAACAAACGCAGGUGAUAGCUCAAUUCAUUUCCAUGUACGAGAUGUACUAAAAAUCCAAUAAAUACUUAAGGACAAUUGUGGUUAAUCA